AUGGGGAAUUGUUUUAGUGCAGAAACUGAAAGACAAAUGCCAAAUGUUAGUAGAUUAGAAAAACAAUCACCAAGAAAUCGUUCAAAAUCAACAAAAUCAGCUAGAUCAAAUACAACAAGUGGACAUAGAUUAACUAAUGGAUCUGAACCUAUAAUUGAUGUUCUGACUCCAAAAGAAGCUGCUGCAAAAGCUGCUGAAGAACGUUAUUUACAAAAGUCAAAUAAUCAAGGUCAAUUAGGUCAAAAAUUAGAUAAAGAAAGAUCAAAAUCAAAUCAAAAACAUCUCAAAGAAGAAAGUGAAAAAGUUGUACAGAUGAGACAAACUAAAGGUUUGGUUUAUGAUUAA